AUGAUGUGGGCACAAGCAACAGUAUUUAUUGGAGUCACCGAAAUGGGCAAUAUGCGAUUGGAAGCAUUUGAAUUUUGCCUCUUUGGAUACGGUCAGGAGUCAAAAGAACGAUUUCAGAAUUUGCUUGCUUGUGAAUGUGAUCGCGAAGAUGAAGGACUAGAUCAUUCCAAAAUUUUCGCGCUCGAAGCCAGAUGCAAUUAA